AUGAAUAAACGAUCAGUUUGUUUUUCUCCAGGAGCAGCAGGUGCGGAGGAGCUGCAGGUGAUUCAGCUUGAGUCAGUGACCAUCGCAGCCGGAGGGACGGCCACUCUGCACUGCACCCUGACCUCCAUCCUCCCUGUAGGGAAUGUCCAGUGGUUCAGGGGGACAGGGCCCGGCCGGGAGUUAAUCUACAAUUUCAAAGGAGGCCACUUCCCCCGAGUAACAAAUGUUGCAGACACCACAAAGAGAAACAGCACGGACUAUUCCAUCCACAUCAGUAACAUCACCGCAGCAGACACCGGUAUCUACUACUGUGUGAAGUUCCAGAAAGGGAGCCCUGAUGACGUGGAGAUUAAGUCUGGACCAGGCACCCAGCUCACCGUGAGUGCCAAACCCUCUCCGCCCGUGGUAUCGGGCCCCACAGCGAGGGCCAUGCCUGAGCAGACAGUGAGCUUCACCUGCGAGUCCCACGGCUUCUCCCCCAGAAACAUCACCCUGAAGUGGUUCAAAAAUGGGAAUGAGCUCCCAGCCUCCCAGACCAACGUGGACCCAGAGGGAGACGGCGUUUCCUACAGCGUCUUCAGCACAGCCAAGGUGGUGCUGGCCGCGGGGGAUGUUCUCUCCCAGGUCAUCUGUGAGGUGGCCCACGUCACCCUGCAGGGGGGCCCUCCUCUUCGUGGGACGGCCAACUUGUCUGAGACCCUCCGAGUUCCGCCCACCUUGGAGGUUUCCCAACACCCGACGGCAGGGAACCAGAUGAACGUGGUCACUUGUGAGGUGAACAAGUUCUACCCCCGGCACCUAAAGCUGACCUGGUUGGAGAAUAGAAACGUGUCCCGAACAGAAACUGCCUCAACCCUUAUAGAGAACAAGGAUGGGACCUUUAUCCAGAUGAGCUGGCUCCUGGUGAACUCAUCUGCCCACAGGGAGGAUGUGGAGCUCACCUGCCGGGUGGAGCAUGAUGGGCAGCCAGCGGUCACCAAACAGCAUACCCUGGAGGCCUCUGCCCACCAGAAGGAGCGGGACACAGGUGGAACCCCUGGCCGAGUGCUGUCUGUUGUCCCUCUGGUAGUCCUCCUCCUAAGCACAAAGGUGCUGCUGGCCAUCGGAGUCUCUGCCAUCUACGUCCACUGGAAAUGGACGGCCUGACUGCAUCCCAGGAGGAGAACAGCACCGGGGACACAGGAGGCAUGCAGGGAACAUUUCUGUGAUGAUGAGCAGAUAAUUAAAUGUGGA